GAGAGGGCCGGGCCUGCGAGGAAGACGCCGGGCCUGAAGGCUGGCGAGCUGCGGACUGGAGCGUGGAGGGCGAGGCGGCCGGGCGAGGUGGCGGUGCGAAGCUGUGAGGCUGGCGAGGGGUUUCCCCAGGACUGCCUCGGGCUCGGAGAGGCGGGAUCCCGCCAGGACGGGGUCCCUGAGGGAGGAGAACGGCACACGACGACCCAGAUUCCUCUCCUGCCGGGCAGGGACCUCAGACUUUUCCUGGCGGGUCGACCCCUUACCGAAAUCCCCCAACUGCCGCCCACACACGCCCUUGGCGGCGACCGAGCCACCUCCUGCUGCGGGGAGGCCGCCAGAGCACUGUCCAGGUUACUGUGGAUACCAUGAUGAAGACGACGUCCCUGUCUUGGAGAAACCCACCUUCUGAUAGAGAUAGAGAGAGUGGAGAAGUGAUAAGAAUGCAGUAUGGUGGGUACAGUAAUUAAGUGUUCUGGGUUUGCUGAAGAGCACAAGGUUAAGAGAAGAGAGAACAACAUGUCGCAGCCUCCAAGGCAGUUUCUUAUUCAUUGCAUUGUGCAACUGCCUCCUCUUCAAUUGCAUACUUCAUUUUAAUCCACAUUAUGGUUCCUGCAUUUUUCCAGAGAGGUUAAGAAAGCAAAAGACCCAUCAUUAUACAAAGUUUGAUUACUUCAAAGAAUCCUUUUGGUGCCAUUUAGAUGAGGAAAUGAACCCUUUACUAUUUGCAAAUAACAUUUCCUCUACUGUGAUGAAUUUGCUCAAAUCAUCUUGGAGACCACCUCAACACAUGGAUAGCCUUGAGUUGGGGGCCUACAGGAAGAUUCUAGAGCAUUUUUACCAAAACCAGCCUGUGCUUUCCUUCUGUCAGGAAGUCUUCCUUAAAAGAGAUGUCCCCUGGGAUUAAGAGAUCUUCGAACUAGGAGAAUGAUCAAAGACCAGCUGAGCCAGAAAACUUUCAAAGUCUCACAGCUGAAGGGGAAGGGAGACCUCAGCAGAGAUGGGCUGGUGUGGGAGGAAGCAGAGCAAAGGUGCUGGUGAUCACAGGCAGUGAGUGCUGUCUUACCUAUGCCAUAUAUCACUGGAAUUCCAACUCCGGGGACUCUGGCUGGCAGUCGCUUCUGGACAGACAUAUCGAGACACAAAAAAAGAGGCGACCCCUGGACCAGCGCGAGGGACCCACCCGCACGAUGACCGAGACCACCAAGACCCACGUAAUCUUGCUUGCCUGCGGCAGCUUCAAUCCCAUCACCAAAGGGCACAUUCAGAUGUUCGAAAGAGCCAGGGAUUAUCUGCACAAAACCGGAAGGUUUAUUGUGAUUGGUGGGAUUGUCUCUCCCGUCCACGACUCCUACGGAAAACAGGGUCUUGUGUCGAGCCGGCACCGCCUCAUCAUGUGUCAGCUGGCCGUCCAGAACUCCGAUUGGAUCAGGGUGGACCCAUGGGAGUGCUAUCAGGACACCUGGCAGACCACGUGCAGCGUGCUGGAGCACCAUCGGGACCUCAUGAAGCGGGUGACUGGCUGCAUCCUCUCCAAUGUCAACACGCCCUCCAUGACGCCUGUGGUCGGACAGCCCCAAAAUGAGACCCCCCAGCCCAUUUACCAGAACAGCAAUGUGUCCAGCAAGCCCACUGCAGCCAAGAUCUUGGGGAAGGUGGGAGAAAGCCUAAGCCGGAUCUGCUGUGUCCGCCCACCAGUGGAGCGCUUCACCUUUGUGGAUGAGAACGCCAAUCUGGGCACGGUGAUGAGGUACGAGGAGAUCGAGCUGCGGAUCUUGCUGCUGUGUGGCAGUGACCUGCUGGAAUCCUUCUGCAUCCCCGGGCUCUGGAAUGAGGCGGAUAUGGAGGUGAUCGUCGGGGACUUUGGGAUUGUGGUGGUGCCCCGGGACGCAGCUGACACAGACCGAAUCAUGAAUCACUCCUCAAUACUCCGCAAAUACAAAAAUAACAUUAUGGUGGUGAAGGAUGACGUCAACCAUCCCAUGUCUGUUGUCAGCUCAACCAAGAGCAGGCUGGCCCUGCAGCAUGGGGACGGCCAUGUGGUGGAUUACCUGUCCCAGCCGGUCAUCGACUACAUUCUCAAGAGCCAGCUCUACAUCAACGCCUCGGGCUAGCAGCCACACGGCCGCACGCUCCACUCUGCCCUCGUCCUCCGCCAACACACUGGCCCCUCCGGGCUCUGUCAGUCCCCCCGUUUUUCUCCUGCCUCUCUGUUUCUCCAUCUCCUCAUCUUGACUGUUCUCCCCACUUGCUGACUCAACCCUCCACAGUGUGGGGGACCUGCAGAGAACCACAGCAUACCCUCUUCAGCAGUCAUCUUUGGACAGACUUUCCUCUAGUCUCCGGGUUGGGGGUGGGUGAGGGAACGGGGGUGGGAGUUGGGGGAAGCGCAGUCCCUGGAGACGUGCUGGUGUCUGUCUCCCAGCAUGCUCUAGAGAGCGGCUCCGGCGCCCGUCCUCCCAGCAUGCUCUGGGGAGGCGGCUCUGGCUCUCGCCUUCCCAGCAUGCCCUUUACCACGAAGGGCUAUUUUUUUCCUUCUUUUCUUUUCUUUUUUUUUCUUUCUUCUCUUGUUUUUUUGUGUUUUUUGUUUUGUUUUGUUUUGUUUUGUUGCUGUUGUUGUUCUUCACUCCUCAUAGAAUUUGGAUGAAAUCUGUGUCCGUGGUUCUUUACGUUUGUAGUCUUGAUGCAUUCCUGUGGUGUUAACUUCCCAUUUGAUAGGAUAGCGUAGCCAGCCUCAGCGUGAGAGCCACACCCAGUAAAGAAGGCCAAGCCGCCUCCACCUGCCCAACACCCCCCACCUGCCCACUCACGCCCCACAAACCCCCACACACAGCAGCUGCCGACUAGGCUGAGGACUGAGGCUUUCAGGUUCCAAAACCUGGGAGGGAGGUGUGGGAAAAGUAGGGUUUCUCAGAAGAAUUUGUGUCCAUUUCCUUAAUUUCAGAAGACCAUUGUCCCGAUGCUCUGGGCCUGUGAUCACACAGAUCCAGUCCAUCCUCAUGUCCUGGUGGCAUCUGUAUGUGGUUCCUCCUUUGGGUUGUGACUAAUGGCAGAGUGGGUUCCCUGUCAGCCCAGCAUUUCCAAGGAACCUUCAGGUCACCACCCAAGCCCUUGGAGGUCCUACCUAGCCACAUUCCUGCAUCUGAGAAGAAUCACCCAUUCAAGGCCAAAUCCUAAUAAUGCAGCCAUUUCUGAAAUAAAACAUGCUAGGAAUUCACUCAACCCUAGAGAUCGUUGCUAAUUGGAAUUAUUUCUUGCCUGUUUGGCUGGGAAAUUUUUCUGUCAUGAUGUAAGUCCAAGAUGACCAAGGAGAGAGAGGCUUGUUGCCCUGAAGGGAAUUGAUGGUUCUCACCCACUCUUGCUGCGGUGCCUGAGGUUAGUUUCUUCUUGAGACACAGUACCUCAGUCUUGUUUCUGGAGCUGGUCAUAUCUCCUGCAGAGCCCAGAACCACAGUCAUUGCCUAAAGAAUUCUGUCUGGCAGGGGAGUGGGUUCACAGAACAGAGAUCAUGGUUGGGAGGGCACUAAAUUGUUUCAUCCUUUUUCUAAUUUCUUACCUUCCUCCGCUGUUCCUGGAAACAGUUCUGACAGACUGUUCUAGUUGUUCAGGUCUCACUCAUGCCCUGUUUUGAGAGCCAAAAGGAAAUUAUUCUCUUAUGCUCUGUGUCUCUCAUCUAGUCCCUGGCUCUUGGGCUUUUGGUUGUCUUCAUGGAAUAGGUCCCGGAGCAACAGGAUAUUUUUAUCAAAAUCUAGUACCAGUUAUGGCCCAGGAGGGGUGGGGUGAGACCUGACAUCGGGGACGCCAUUCUUCAGUACACAUUUCACGUCUGUGACAGUCUUCCAUAGCCUCCAGGAAAAGGAACUGGAUUCAACAGAAGAGCAUGUUCAAGUAGCAACCAGGAGGGUAUUAUUCCUUUUGGAUUAUGGAAAUAAUCUCCAGAGGAGGGAAUGAAGAACCUAUUCUUGGGUCUCAGUGUUUGGUUAAAGAUCAUGGAAUCAUAAAUGAAAAAAAAAAAAAAAACAAAACUUCAGAGAUUAGUUGAUUCAACAUUCUUCUUUAAACGAUGAGGGAACAGAGAUCCACUGGAUUAAAUGGCUGGUCCAAGGUUACACAGCAAGUGUAGAGCCUGGCAAAAGGGUAUUAUUUCCCUGACCCUUAGGGCAUCGUACCGCAUGAUCUCUGUCCCCCAGUUCCCCAUAAUACUGACCAGGUAACGUGGUCUUCUACUCUUUUCAGCCUUUACCUGGCAUCUUUCUCUUAAAUUAUGUCUCACCCAGGGGCUCCUGUAGAUGGCAUUGCAUAUGCCAGUCUUGAGGGAGGAGGGGUGUGAUGGGGAGGAAGGCCAUAGCUAGGUUUCCCUCAGAAAUCAAGAGAUCUCAGCAGCUUAGAGAAAAAUCCCAUAUAGUGACCCUCUGAAUCCAAGAAAGGAUGCUUUAUGGAAGGCUAGGAAAGACCUCGAGUGCUCAAGAUGACACCGGAGAAAGAGAGAGAGACAGAGAGACAGAGGAGCCUUUGGGCAAAGCAGUCCUAAGCCAGGAAAAGAAAAGAGGGAACCGGAUUCCCUAGGGGAACGUGACCUUCUCAAGAAUGUGAAGUUUAUCUACGGUUAGAGUUUAUUAUGAGGAUCUACGUGAGCAGAUCCAAGAGAAACCACACAUCUUUUGUCUCUUUGAUGCACCCCAUUACUCUGCUGGGUUCUGUGGUCAGGCUGCAUUUAGUCCACAGCCCAUGAGAGGGAACCAGGCUGGCUGUAUACAGUUGGUGUGGGGGUGGGAAGGUGCACAGGAAGGAAAAGAAUAGGGUCAUUAGAAGAUGUCUGGCAUGAAAUGGGGCAGAUCUUAUCUUGGUGGAUCACAGGGAUUGUAUUAAAAUAGCUUUCCUUAAAUAUAAGAAAAAGUGAAUUUCCUUUUGGGUAGAAUUGUCCAUUCCCCAACCUGCGCCAUUCUUCAUUUGCUAGGGGGGAGGGUAGAGCCCCCUCUCUCAGUCCAGGGCAGGACAUUGUGGCUGUGAUCCUGCAAAGGGUAGUGCCAGAAAGAUUCAGAGUCUGAAGUAGUGCCCUAGGUGCCAUGAGGAUGACCUCUAGUCCCUGACUUCCCCUCUGGGGUCCCCCUUCUUCCUCCAAAGGCCAACCCAAGGCUGGCAUGGCUCUGAGAUUGGGAGAAAGGCAUGGGCUGCAAUGGUCACGUUAAGAGGGGCCAGGAGCCUCAUUUCCUGCCUGCCAAUGAAAAACAUCUCUCCCGCUCUUCUGAAAGUGGCUGAUAUGAGUAAGAACAGGCAGGAGGGAAACCCUUUGUGCCAUUGACUCUUCCUCAAAGAAUGGCCCUCUGGGGAGCCCUGUGCUGCUACCCAACAGGCUACCCGGUACCUCAUUUGCCACCCCCUCCCCCAGGCAGUCUCUGGGGCCUUCUUGCUUUCAUUUUCCUUGAAUGUACAUAGGAACAGGGGAGGAAAGUCUCUUACUGAAGUGCCUGAAACCCAGAGCUAGAGCUUCUAGAGACGCUCUUCUUCCAUCUCCACUUCUGAAACUUCCCAGCGUUUUCUGGUCUCAUACUUCAGCUUCUCAGAAAGAAUAGAACUUGCUGUUCUAAUUAGGUAGAAAGUGAGACUCAGUAAUCAAACUGCAGCAAAAGGCAGAGAAUUAUAGGGAGACAUGACUGUGUUUUAACAACCCAAAUCUACUCUUUCAAACUGCUAUAAACACACACUUUAGGGGACUAAGAGAGAGAAGCAUGUUAUUGUAUUCCAUUCAUCAAAAGAGUGAUACAAAAAUAAAUCCGUAGAAUAUGAAAAGCUCGGGAUCUCUCCCAAGGUACCGCAGGAAGGCUUACAGAGGUGAGAUGGGGAGGAUGGAAACAGGGACUGAUUUUGUAGCUCUUCCAAUUAGGAUACCCGAGGAAUAGCAUUGUGGUGAAGGAGCCCACGCUCUCUGUCAGAUUCAUCCGGUCUACACCUUUCUAGAGCUGCCCAGUGAACUCAAUUCUUCAUGUGGUUUCUUGGUCAUGUCAGUUUGGGUGUCCUAUUAGCCUGUUCUAGUUACUUGGGAAUGCGCUACACUCUUUCCCUUCAGUCUAGCCCAGGUCCAGAACUCAGUUUGAUCCAAACAGUCUCAAGGAUUGGCAAGGGGAGGGGGGAAGCUUUUUUUUAAAUCACUUUUGGUCACUGAAUCUACCAUUUUAAGAGUAAGAUUUGCUUUAUGAAAAUCAAUUCAUUAAUAAAAACUACAUUGAAGUUGCAACACCAUUUCAUAGUGAAAUAUUUUGAGUAAAAUUUUGUUGCUAGCAUAGUCAUGGACAAAAGUUUUAUCAGCAAAAUGUUUGAAUUACGUUAAUAAAUAAGACAUGCUACUAGUCCUGUGUCUGUCCAGAAUCUUCUCUGCGAGUUGCAGAAUUAAUCAAUUUUUUGUCAUAGUCUUACUCGGCGGGAGCCAACAGUUGCAAAAAUGUUCUUAGAGCAGAUUUUCUGCCUGGUUUAGCUGAUGCCACAUGUGUGAUAUGACACUAUAUACAGCCACACCCAAGAAUCAUAGGUAGGGAAGAAUAAUUAGCAAAUUUGUGAACUGUGCCUAAGAAUUUUCAAUUGAGAAAAAUAGAUUCAAUUUUCAUAGAACCUACCUAAUCUUCAUAGUCUCCUAUUGGUUAGCUUUGGCUCCCUAAUGAAAUUAGUUCUUUAUGAAGCAAAAAUGUAUUUGUAAAAACUAAAUUUGCAUAACUCACUUUUGGUAUAAAAGAUCUUAAGUAAGACAAAUCAUUAAACUCACAGUUUUGGCAGUGUAAAAAGCAAAAAAAAUGAAUAAUUUGUUAAUUGCUUAGUUCUGCUCUAGUAGUUAUUUCAUUUGUAGUUGUGACAUGCUUUGUGUGUUGGUAUAGAUCCAAAUGGUGGCUGUCAUUAGCUAGUAUCGGUCGUGAUUCAGAUGGUAAAAUAGCAAUUCCCCUUUAGGCCCCUCAUUUAGGGCUUAGCCACUUGUUUGUCAGAUUAGCGGUGCUUUUAAAAAAAAAUCACUUUGGUUCUUACUAUGUGUUUUGUUGUUAUUGUUUAAGAUUGGAAUUAGUUAGCUUUGUGCGUGUCCAUCUGGGUUCGGUGGCCCAUCGUAAUGAUGCUUGAUAUGCCUUGUAAAUUGAUUACUUGUGUUUACGUUUGCUAUUUUGGCCACAAACCUAAACACUUUUUUUCUCUGUCCUGAGAGUAUGUAAUGUUGAAAGUUUGUUUAAAAUUGGGCAUAAACACUGGUUUAAUUUGCUAACUUACAUUAACUUAUAAAAUAUAUGUACUAUGAAUUAAUAUACAUGUACAUACACACUUCUUCCCUUAUGACCCAUAAGUAAGCUUCAGGUCUUGGAAUUUCUUGGAAAGUUCCAUGUAGCCCAUAGAAUAAAGAAAGCAGAAAAAAAAAACCAAAAACCUAAUCUCUAUUUUCCAGGUGGCAAAAUUGAGCCACAGCAAGAAUCCACAGCGCUCCCAUGACCAUGCAAAAACAUUGAAAGAAGACAUAAUAAAUAUAUCCCAGUCCUUGAGCCUCGUUCCAAACAUUGGACAUUACUGAGUAUCUUCUUCCCCUUUUCCCUGGCCUCCCAAGAGUACUGACAAGAAACCACAUCCUGGGAUAAAAUCAGAAAUACAUCUGCUUAGAAGCCAUAGCCUAUGGGCAGGUUCAUUCCUACCCCCCUCUCUAAACAGAAAUCCCUAUGAGUCAAAGUAGAUGAUGAUAUGCAUAAUGGCCUCCCAGCAGCACAAUUAAUCAGAAAGCUCUCAGGGGAGAAGUACAAAGGAGUUUUCAAUACCAGUUAGAAAUACUGAUGAGAACCAGGAAGGACAGCUCUCUUAACUUGACAGAGAGGGACAAGACUGGCAACAGAGGCUAAGUCCUGAGUAGGUUAUCUCUCAGCCGCACACCCCUUCUCUCUUCUUAGGGAUAAUUUGUCGGGUCCUCAAAGAUGAGGGAAUCAUGUCCAUACCCAGGGGAGUCAUAUGAGUCACUUUUCCACUUCCCAUCUCUAUUCAGAGAUCAUCUCCCAUUUAUCAGGGAAGACAUUCUAUGACCUUCUUAACAGUUUAUUCCAUUGAGGAAUCCCUUUAUGAUCGCAUGCUAUUAACUAAUGGAAUCCCUCAUCAAGUUCCCUAGAACAUAUGCUGCUUAAUCUCAUACCUGGCAGAGACAGACGCUGAUCACUAGCUACGCAUUCUAAUGAAUUAUCCCUUUUCAUAGAGUAGGAUUGUCACUGAGACAUGGCUUCUUACCAAGGGGCUAUAUUUCCCAGACCCCUUGCAAGUCAGAUGUGGUCAUAAAACUGGGUUCUGGACCAUGGAACGUGAGAGAAAGUGACGUGCAUCCCCUCCCAAGCCUGGCCCAAGGAAACCUUCCAGGUGUCUCCCACUUCCAUGUCUUUUUCCCUUUCUAAUCACUGGGAUGGAAAUGAUUCCCAGGGCAACCUUAGAAGUCACAUGUUGUAAAUGGCAACGUUCUGGAAUGACCAUGCGGAGGGUCACCCUACCGACUUUCUCCACAUCUGUUAUGAGAGCAAGAAAAAUGUCUCCUGUGUUUGAGUAAUGUACAUUUUUAGGCCUAUGUGACAUAGUAGUUAAUCUAAUCUAAUUAAUACAUAUACAUUACCUGGGCACUAGUUGUUAAUUACAGUGAGAGAUUUAUAGGACAUGUGAUUGAGUAUGCCCAAGACAGGAUUAUAAAUUCACUUCUACAGAAGGUAAAGCAAAGUGAUCAGACCUCUCAGAAUUUGUGGGGUUAAUGUGGACAGGAACAGAAUCUUUUCCUCAGCCACUUGGCUAGAUGGCCAAUUCAGGAUCUUAAUUUAUUAGAUUUUUAUCUAUUAAAAAGCAUGACAAUGUACAACAGACUAUUGAUUUUACCUUAAUUUCAUAGCCGAAGAAAAAAAGACAAAAAUAUUAAUUAAAACCCCACCCUGUUCAGGUUGUUCCAGAAAUAAAUCCUUCUUUAUGCUGAGGAGACAGCACCAAUUAACUCUAUAAUUAUAAAGUGCUCGAAUGGUUGCAAAGGGCAAAACAAGAUGUUCAGAAAAAUGUGAACUCUAGGACUCAUUGCUAUUUCUGGGGCAUUUUAGUUUCCAUUGCUUUGGUACCUCCAUCUUAGAUGAGUUUGACAAGUUAGAAACUGACCACAGCCAUCUAAGAAUUAUUCUUUAUUCAAAAACACAUCCAUGAAAAGCCAAGGAAGUACAAAGGCGAGUCUGCACCAACAUCUUCCAAGACGAGAUGGAAGCAUCUCUGGUCUUUCCAGCAAUUCCCACUGGUGUAAUCAUGACUCAACAGUCUGUUGCAAUCAGGUGUGGAAAGGGGAGGAGUGACAGCUAGAAUGCAAAGAAGUGUGCACAACCCAGAGCCAUCUCGGCUUUGCCAAAACCCAAGCGCCCCCCUGGGAGUGUCUUGCAACAUAUGUUCUGUUGAGAAGUGAGGUUGCAAACCAGGGGGUUAUUGCAAUAAAAACCACUUGUGAUGAACAAGAGUUGUACGUUUAAAUUUAUUUUUUUAAUGUUUGUCUUCCUUACUAGACAAUCAACUCUGUGAGAGCAGAGACUACGUCACCACUGUACCCCCGCCCCUGACACACAGGAGGUACUCAAUAAAUAUAUGUUGUAAGGAUGAAUGGAUGGAUGGAUGGAAGGAUGGAGUCUACCCAGCUCCAGUGUGAGUAGGAACAUUCUCUGCUAUAGGCAGAGAGAGUGAGAAAAUAAAACACACAGACACAUACAAUUUUUAGCAUUUGAAAAGUGGGAUUGGAUAAGGACUAAUAAAUCUUCUAGGUAAUUGUACUUCUUUCAAUGCCCAAGCUAUAUUUUUCUAUCACUUUGAAACCCAAAUUUAAAUACCUUCCCAAAGUUUGUUUUGCUGGUCGGAAAUGCUUUAAUAAAAGUGUAGUCUCUAACUAGUCAUGGCAUCACUGGAGAAAGGAUGUCACUUCCAGGCCCCAGAAGAACUCAAAGGUGGCAGGACCCAAGCAGGCACCAUGGCUCCAAAUGGACCAGCCUUACAGCCUCUCACUCCACCACUGUUCACUUCUUCCAGCUUGAAAGUGGAACACAUGUUGACAAACUGGGUGGUAAGUGGGAGGAACUCUGGUCAACAAGAAGCUUGCACUGGACACUAUAAAGCAAUAGUAUUUCACUGGCCACAGUGUGACUGGACUUCACUCUCUGUUCAGACAUUGAGAAGAAUUUUCUGGGUGGGCAAAGUACAAAAAAAAAAAAAAA